AUGCCUCUCUCGGUACACGACAGAUUCACACGGCGGGCCGGUCCGACGACCAUUCCUUCCGGAACAACAACCAGUCGGCGACACCGCUCUUCCUUGUUCGGUCGAUUCCGGACGGGCAGCAUCAGUGACGACAACGACAAUACGGUGCCGGACGAGUACACGGAUGUGGAAAGUCGCAGUGACGACGACGAGAACGACCCCGAAAAUCCCUCGGCACGCGCCCAACCGCGUCGUCUCCCCUUAUUCGUCGUCGAAACUAUCGCACUCGACGACCAAACCGUCACCGUACGCCAACUGCAGCAGUCGGCGUCGGCCGCGAAGGAAAUGAACGAUUCCUACGCCACAUCCACACCCACCUUGCGCUUCCGGAGUUCCGCCUUUUAUCUAGCCGAAGCCGCACUCGUCGGAGUUGCGACCGGCAUAUCCGUUGCCGUCUUUAAAUUGUCCAUCGAGUUCAUCCGCGAAGUGUGCUACAACCAGAGCUUUCUCUACUUGCCCGCGGUGCGGUCGGUGGUACCCGCUGUGGGUGGCGUCGCCGUCGGUAUCCUCUACUGGGCCGGACGAGGAGCCUUUCCACCCGGACUCCGCGGUACCGUACAACUCGUCGAUCAACAGGAUCGUCGCGGCCUCACGGUGGACACGACGCAAAAAGUCAAAACACAGAUUGACUUUUUGCGCAAAUCCACCGCCGCCGUCUUUACCCUCGGUACCGGAUGCAGUCUCGGUCCGGAAGGACCCUGCGUCGAAAUCGGGAUGAACGUCGCCCGCGGCUGUAUGGACGUCAAACCGGAAUUCCUCUCGCGUCCACGGCCGCACUGGAACGUUUGUUUGCUCAAUUGUGGGGCCGCUGCCGGAGUCGCCGCGGGUUUCAACGCGCCCUUGGCCGGCGUCUUCUUCACCCUCGAAGUCAUGCAGAGCGCACUGAACGGGGUCCGCCAAGAAGAACAGGAAAAGCAAACACUCCAGGGGAACAAUAGUGACCUCAACGCGGCUAGCAACGCCGUAUCCGCGACGGAAAACAUUACUCCCAUUCUGUUGGCGUCCGUCUUGUCCGCGCUCGUAGCCCGGACCAUACUAGGCGACACGCUCGUCUUGAGCUUGUCGGAAUAUUCCCUGGAAACACCACUCAUCGAAUUGCCCCUCUACCUGUUGCUCGGCGUGAUUUCGGGCUUUGUGGCCUUCUCUUUCAGCAAGGCCGCCAACUGGAGCCAGGCUUUCUUCUCGGGAGAGGUUGGUGGCGAAUCGAUCCAGAGCUUCAUGAGUUGCCUACCGGAACCGGUCAAACCAGUCAUUGGGGGUUUCGCGUGCGGCUUGGUUGGUCUGGUAUUUCCCCAGAUUCUGUUCUUUGGCUACGAAACGCUCAACUCCCUCUUGGCCAACGCUUCUUUACCAACGUCACUACUUUUUUCCUUGCUUAUCGUAAAGACCAUCAUGACCGCCGUAUCGGCCGGAUCCGGGUUGGUUGGUGGCACCUUUGCACCUUCACUGUUUCUCGGUGCCAUGGUCGGUGCGGCCUUUCACAACGUCGCAACCAUCGUCUUCCAAACGCUCAUGACGUCGUUUCCUUGGGAAAGUGUGGGAGUGCUGUCCAGUACCGCGGCUCCGGUACUAGUCCUCGCGGACGUUCCCGCCUACGCCAUGGUCGGUGCCGCCUCAGUUUUGGCCGCCCUUUUUCGGGCUCCGCUCACGGCCAGCCUUUUACUCUUUGAAUUGACCCGGGACUAUGACGUCAUCUUGCCGCUCAUGGCUAGUGCCGGUGUGGGUAGUCUGGUGGGGGACAUUCUGGAAGACAAGGUACAAAACGCGCGGAGAACACCGCCACCGAACGUUUCGGAGGCUCCUUCGCCAGCGACUCUUCCGGUGCCCCCACGAAGGCGGGACAAAGAUUCCGUCUCCUGGGGAGAUUUGGCCGACAAGAAGAAAAGCUCGACCACUAGAUCGGUCAAAUAG